AUGGUUUGGGCUACAUUCAACAUCUCGUUCAUGCCACGCUGGGCCGACCCCUGGUGGGAAGUGAUGGGCUACGACGUCGGCCCGCUAACGGAGGAGAUUGGCACCACCCUCCUUGGCAUCCUCGCCGAGGCCAGCAGCCCCCCACACAUGGACUUGAGCGUUGACGAGAUCGAGGACGCACUGGGCAUACCGUCGGUGACCUGGCCAUUUGGGCUUCGCUCUCUUUUUCAAUAUUGGAGUUUGCUAUUGAAUUUAGUACAGGAGCGCUGGGCUAAUGUGGGCUCGUUGGAGGGUUUUCUCGUCGCCACCGCCUACAACCCCGUCGGUUACUUCGAGCCCCCCGCUACCUCACCGACGACACCUCCUUCACCAUGA